AUGUCGGGGGUGGAGGUGAUCGCGGUUGUAGCGUGUGUGGCAGCCAUCGUCUCCGCCUACAGCGAUGGAACGAGUAUGUUUACUGCCAUUAGGAAGAAGUAUCACGAGCGCCAGUCCAUCCGGGAACUAGAACUAGAACGGUCGCUCGCUCGUGGCCGGACCGAGAUUCAAAGCCAGUUUGAUCUGCAUAAUCAAGAGCUUGGCUACCGAUAUGAGCGAGGUGACUCGAUCGCUCGAGAGCAUAUGAAGGAUAUCAUCAUCACACUACAGGGGGCGUUGCUGAGACACCUCCGAGAGGCGCAGGAGCAAGGGACCACUCCGGAUCUGAUGGCGUUGCAGAUAGAGUCCGAUCAGGGCCGCGUUCGCACGCUCGUCAUUUUGGGCGACUUGUACCAGCGUCUGUCGAGGCCAUCGCCUGUUCCAUCGUCCAUUUCCAUGUCCAUCGAUCAAAACUAUCACACGAGGAACUCGUAUGGCCGUGGUUAUUUUCCUCGUGGCUCGGACAGGUACCGGCCACCUCACAUGUCGGAGAUGGCGUACCUCUCCGGCGGAUAUCCUACCUCACCAGCCAGGUAUGCAAGAUGCCAGAUCCUAUCGGAGGACGUCUGUACCUCGCCAAUGGACACACUAGGAACAUCGAGAGAGGAUGGGACCUCCAGUUCAAAACCUCGCAGACGGUCAUCAGGCUUUGGCUCAGUUGUGAGUAGUAUGGGCGACUUGUUCCAUCCCCGCCCAGGUCGUGGGAGAACACCAUCGUUUCCAUCGUCAGCACCCGAGCCCGCACACAUCCCACAAACUAGAGUAUACAUCGCAGUGUCGCCGUCGACAUCAGAGCCGAUUCCGGAAUUCGAUGUUAGACCAGCCACGCCGAGUGUACCCAAGUUGCGACCAACCUCGAUACCACACGACGUCUUAGGGGGGAACCCAUGGAAGCACGAAAGCCUCAUAGACUCCGACGACGAAGAAGCCAUCAGAAUUGCUCCAUGCAAGAAAGAAAACCACCACCUCUCGCCCAUCUCCGCACCCACGCAAUCCCGCAACGAUUCUCUCUCCACAACCUCAACCGCCUCCACAGACUCUACCCCGUCAAACCCCUCCACCCGAAGUAGCACAGACCGACCAACCCAAGCAAUCCGACCCCUCUGGCCACCUAGCGAAACCAACAACUACCUGGGCUUCUGCAAAGGCGCGUGGAAAGUGCACACGGGAUUCCGAGGAUUCAAAAUCUACUCCGAGCCCGCGGCGGGAUAUUUUACGCAACAGUCAUGGUUGCGGUGCACGAAGUGUGCUUUUGAAGCACCUAUGAGCCCGAAGAGUUCCAACCACAACCCGCUAUUCGAGGAAAGCGUGCGCACGCAUAGAGCUAGCGGUGUCCGAUAUCGAUUCGAGUUCUUGGCGAAAUCCCACGUGCCCUUAUGCGGUAUGUGGUUGGUCGGGUUGCGCCUGAUUCGGAGUAUUUUGAUGUGA